ACUAAAAUUAAAAACAUCACAUUUCUCUCUCUGUCUUUCUCUAACGUUCUUCCGAAAAUCCCGACGCUUCUGAAAAAAAUCAAAAAAAGAAAAAAAACGGAUCCAAAAAACAUGCCCCGAUAAAAAUAACAACAAACCCUAACCCUAGCUUUCCUAUUUCGCACGCACGAACGAACUAACAACAGCAUCUUUCUCUGUUUCUCCUUCCUCCAUACGAAUUACAAAUCUCAGACCGUUAUCUAUCUCUCUUUACCGCUGUAGAUUUGUUAAGGUUUUCCGGUUGUCGGUGGGCGGUGAUGUAUGUUGCAAGGGUGGUUGUGGAAGUGGAUGGUGGCGGCGGCGAUGACUGGUGGUGACGGUGGUGGGAGAUGUCAGCGGCGGAGGAAGAUGAUGGUUAGGAUUACGGAAGGGGAGGAAAAGAAGCCAUCUCUUCUCCCUAGGGUUUCGGAAAACGAAAUUACAGAAAAGCCCUCCAAGUUGGAGAAAAUUACGGAACUGCCACAACAACCUAAAGAAAUUGAGAAUGGGAUAGACUUUUAUACACAGGCAAGAAAAGCUUUGUCCCUACGUUGUCCUUUUGAUUCUGAGGAUUCUAAUUCUCAGUCACAGCCAUCUUCUUCCUCUACACUGCACCUUACUUUACCUAAUAACUUAGCUCAGUUGUUAAAUAAGCAUUCUGAUAGUAGGAAACGGCAUAAGAAGUCUCAUGCAGGAACUGAAACUAAGAAGAAGUCGUCUUCGCGACAAAAAGGGGGUCGUAAUACUGGAUUCUGGGAUGAUGUUGAGGAAUACUUUCGUGGAUUAUCUGUGGAAGAUGUUGAUGGAUUGUAUAAACUUGGGUCGUUCGAGUUUUUACUUGAUGAUCAGAAAUUAAUGUACGUUCCUACAUUUGACAAUGUGGGAAGUGCAGUAAAUGAUAGUGGGGUGACGGUUAAAGAAGAGAAGGAAAAUGAGCAAUGUAUGGACGUGGACAGUGAAGGAGGAAAGGAAACCAAAUUGCCUGAAGAAGUAAAUGAUGGAAAUGUGAAGCCCUGUUCGUCCCCUUCUUUGCCUUUCAGUGGGAUAGAAUGGCUAUUAGGUUCUAGGAAUAAGAUAUAUAUUGCCUCUGAACGACCUUCAAAGAAAAGGAAGCUUUUGGGUGGAGAUGCAGGGUUGGAGAAGCUUCUAGUUGCUCGUCCUGUAGAAGGGUCACAUUCAUUUUGUCACUAUUGUAGUUUAGGUGACCAUGGUGAUGUGUUGAACAGACUGAUCGUUUGUAGUUCUUGCAGUAUUUCUGUUCAUCAGAGAUGCUAUGGUGUGCAGGAUGAUGUUGAUGACACUUGGUUGUGUUCUUGGUGCAAGCAAAAGAAUGAGACGGUAAGUAAUGACAAGCCAUGUGUUCUUUGCCCAAAAGGCGGUGGUGCUCUGAAACCUUGUAGGAAAAGAGGUCUGGGAAGUGAAGAAUCUUCUGGACUGGAGUUUGUUCACUUGUUUUGUUGUCAGUGGAUGCCUGAGGUAUUUGUUGAGAAUACCAGGAUCAUGGAGCCGAUAAUGAAUAUUGAUGGCAUAAAGGAUACACGGAAGAAGUUAAUUUGUUAUCUGUGCAAGGUGAAACAUGGGGCGUGUGUUCGGUGCAGUAAUGGAGCUUGUAGGACUUCUUUCCAUCCUAUAUGUGCCAGGGAAGCAAGCCACAGAAUGGAGAUAUGGGGGAAACUUGGAUGUGAUGAUGUUGAAUUACGUGCAUUCUGCUCGAAGCAUUCCGAUUUCCAGAUCAGUAGUAGCAGUCAACAAGGUAAAGGCACUGCAGUAGACGUUGUUUCUUGCUCCACAGAUAACAAUCAGUUGUCAGCGUCAGUCACAGCCAAACCACACAAGUUAAAGCUUGGCUUAAGAAAUGGGGACAAAUCGGUGUUGCACAUCGACAAUUCCAUCUCAGGUUUAGAUAAGUUGAAUGAUGAUGCAUUACAACAGGAAGGGUUGCUGGAGAAGGGCUUGAAUCUUAGACAUCAAACAGAAUGCGGUGUUCCACAGCAGCCUGUUAAUAGGGAUCUGUGUGAAAACAAAGAUAGUGAUGUGGCUGAUCCUGUAAAUUUCACCAUGAUAUUAAAAAAGUUAAUAGAGCAGAAAAAGGUUGAUGUAAAAGAUGUUGCUGUGGAGAUUGGUGUACCUUCAGAUUUGUUGGCCUCAAUGCUCAAUGAUGGUAAAAUGGUUCCUGACAUAAGGUUCAAGAUAGCUAAAUGGUUGAAGAAUCAUGCUUAUAUUGGAAGUUUACAGAGAACUUUAAAAGUUAAAAUUAAAUCCACAAUAGCGCCAAAAGUUGUGGCUGAUGUGGUGGAUGAUUUGGAUUCCAUUAGAGUAACGGAACCCGAGAUUACGGACUUCGUACCCGUGAAGUCUGUACCACCUCGAAGAAGAACCAAAAACAAUGUCAGGGUUGUGAAAGAUGGUGAAUCACUUUAUUCAUUUAAGGAGACAGCAAUCAUUGAUGGAGUAGCUGCAGAUGAAGCUAAAACUAGUGUGAAUGGAAGGGAAGAUUCAAGUUGUCCAAGAGAGCUUCUGUCUGCUGGUGUGCAGAAGGAUAUGCUCGCGACUAUUCCAUCAAAAGCAACUCUAGCAGGCGAUCCCAAUGAUGAUGAAGUGCCAUCUAAGGUUUCCAUCCAUUGCCUUGACAAUGGUCAAGUGGAGCAGGGUGCUUUAUCUGAUCAGAAUCUAGCGACAGUUGCUGAUAUAAGCAGCACUAUUUCUUCUGUUUCUUUCAAUCAUUCACCAGAUGUCCGUAAACGGGAAGCUUUUCAUAGCUCUCAUAUUCACCCUUUUAUUCAAAAUAGGUUAAGGCAAAUGGAGAGCAGGGUCCCUUUGGAUGAUUGGAGACAGGGUGAGGUUUCUCAGAUUGAAGCAUCUUCCAGUUCAGGAAUCUGCUGCAGUCAACAUUCGCAACAUUCAACUUCUGGCGACCUCAAAAUGAAUGGUGCAUGCCCUGAACAGUUGGUAAAGGCGAGUGCUAUGGGCCUGCUGGAGCUUUCGCCAGAAGAUGAGGUGGAAGGAGAGCUCGUUUAUUACCAGAACAGACUGCUUUGUAAUGCUGCUGCAAGGAAACGUUUUAGUGAUAAUUUAAUUGUUAAGGUUGUGAAUAGUCUACACCAGGAGACUGAUGCUGCUAGACAACAAGAAUGGGAUGCUGUGUUAGUUAGCCAGUAUCUUUAUGAGCUUAGGGAAGCCAAAAAGCAAGGAAGGAAAGAAAAACGACAUAAGGAGGCACAGACUGUACUGGCUGCUGCAACUGCGGCAGCUGCUGCAUCAUCUAGGAUUUCAUCAUUAAGGAAAGAGAAUAUAGAAGAAUCCGUGCACCAGGAGGUUAUGAAUGCUACCAAUGAAAGACUUAGGCUUAUUUCCCAACAGCAUCCUCGGGUCAAGGAGACGCUUUCAAGGCCAACCGGUGUGCGGAUAUUACCAGAAACUAACUCUGAUCUUGUCCAGCUAAGUUCAGAUAUUUCGAAAGACCAUGCUAGAACAUGUGAUGUGUGCAGACGGUCCGAGUCCAUUCUAAAUCCUAUCCUAGUUUGUACCAGCUGCAAGGUUGCUGUUCACUUGGAUUGCUAUCGAAGUGUAAGAAACUCAACAGGUCCUUGGUACUGUGAACUAUGCGAGGAGUUAUUGUCAUCUGGGGGUUCUGGAGCUCAAGGUUCUCAUCUUUGGGAGAAGGAGAAACCUUGUUUUGUCGCUGAAUGUGGGUUAUGUGGCGGUACUGCUGGUGCUUUUAGAAAGUCAAAUGAUGGUCAAUGGGUUCAUGCCUUCUGUGCUGAAUGGGCCUUUGAAUCAACAUUCAGAAGAGGACAAGUACAUCCAAUUGAGGGACUGGCAACUGUCCCCAAGGGUAAUGAUGUCUGCCUUGUUUGCCAGUGGAGAAAAGGUGUAUGCACUAAGUGUAGUUAUGGUCACUGUCAGAGCGCAUUCCAUCCCUCUUGUGCUAGAAGUGCUGGCUUGUUUUUAAGCAUGAGAACUAAUGGUGGCAAGUUGCAGCACAAAGCUUAUUGUGAUAAACAUAGUUUGGAACAGAGACUUAAGUCCGAGAGUCAGAGACAUGGGGUGGAAGAAUUGAAGAGUCUGAAGCAAGUCAGGGUUGAAUUGGAGCGAUUACGGCUAUUAUGUGAAAGAAUUGUGAAACGAGAGAAGUUGAAGCGUGAAGUAAUCCUUUGCUCACAUGAAAUUCUGGCUUCAAGUAGAGACAAUGCUGUUUUAUCUGCUCUGACUCGACACCCUUACUUCCAACCUGAUGUUAGUUCAGAUUCAGCUACUACGACUUCCAUCAAAGGCUACACUGAUGGCUAUAAAUCAGGCGGUGAAACAAUACAAAGAUCAGAUGACAUAACGGUAGACAGCGCUGUAGCAGGAAAAAGGCGCAUUAAGUUUCCUGUGUCUAUGGACAAUGAUCAGAAGACUGAUGAUAGUUCUACAUCACCCAAUCCUGUCACACAAAAAAAUGCACGGAUAUCAUUCUCUGGGAAGCAAAUCCCAUAUAGAGCGUCUUCCAAUUCUACAGAUCACGCGGACAAGCGAUUGAGAUACAGAAAGCAUAUGGAAACUUUUGAGAAAGAGCUGGUAAUGACUUCAGAUCAAGCCUCAGUGAAGAACCAGCGAUUACCUAAAGGGUAUGUCUAUGUCCCAAUCCGGUGCCUUCCUAAGGAGGCGGAAGCUGCUCCAGACGAGUGUUCUGGAGAACCACUGGAUCCUGAUGGAUAGGUUUUAGCUCAGUAAUUGUAGGAUUUUGUUACCUGUAUCUGGCAUUUUGCUUCUGGUACACUAUUUUUAUCUGAACCAUCGGGAAGGAGGGCUUAUUUAAAGAUAAGAUGAUGACAAGAAGCGCCCUUCCAGGAGCCAUCGAGAUUAGGUUUGAGGACGGUAUUUGAUUGUUGUAUAUUCAGAGCUUACUGUACAGUGGAUCUUGGAGUGGUUUGCAUGGCUCCACCACAAUGGUUGUUUAUUAUGAGCUGGUUGGUGACAAUAGCUCUGCUUCUUGUAAUUGUAUACAGUAGUUAGAAGAUAUCCCCGACUACUCGAGCCUUGUAAAGUUAUUGUAAAUAUUCUUACAAUGUUAAUUGAAAGCAAUUAGCACAGAGCAAUGAGUUUUUUAAUUUA